AUGGCGGCUCCGCGCCGGCCGAGCGGCGGGGGGCUGCGGCGGGCCCCGCAGGACGGGCGGCUGGAGGAGAUCAACAAGGAAUUUCUCUGUGACCCAAAGUUCAGCGAUGAAGAAGAUCUGGAGGAGAAGCUGGCCGUGUUCAAAGAAAAGUACAUGGAGUUUGACCUGAACAACCAAGGCGAGAUUGACUUGAUGUCUGUCAAAAGGAUGAUGGAGAAGAUGGGGGCUCCGAAGACUCACCUAGAACUGAAGAAGAUGAUCUCUGAGGUGACUGGAGGGGUUAGCGAGACCAUCUCGUACCAGGACUUUGUCAACGUGAUGCUUGGGAAACGUUCUGCUGUGCUUAAACUGGUCAUGAUGUUUGAAGGAAAAGCCAAUGAAAGCAACCCAAAACCUUCUGGUCCGCCUCCAGAGAGAGACAUAGCCAGCCUCCCUUGAAGAGGACAGGCUGAAAAAUUGGCACCGUUUGCUUUGCUGGUCUGUAACAGAGUUACCUGUGCUUUGUUACUCUUUACUGUGGACAGUCCUAGUUUUCAACUAACCUGCCUUAGAGGAACAGCAAGGGAAGCUGGAGACCCCCAGCUCGUGUCUUUCUGCUGCAUCCCUUAGCCAACUUGAUUUGUUAGACAGAAGCUGUAGCACCAAGUGUAUGUGAGACCAAAAAAUAAUCCUGUGAUCUUACUCUUUCCUCUCCCCUUCCUGCAUUUCUCAGACGAGGAGCUACUUUCCUCCCAGCGUAUGGAUUCAGAGCUGUGCUUGUCACGACAGGUUCCUAAAGGGCCUUGCUGCCAGACAUUGAGCAUUUCUCUAGCAAAGCCCCUGACGGCAGCUCCACGGGUGCAAAGAAAUAAGUGCCUUCUCUGCUCCAUCCUACACUUCCUGACUUUGGACUAGUUAUUCCGCUCCUGACCUCACCAAAGCACAAGUCAGGCUCCCACCUCUGUGGCCUAGCUGCAUGCUAGGUGAACGUGGGAAGGUGCAUGGACACAGAGGUCUGCCAGGUGGGCAUGGCUGACUGCAGGGACAGCUUCUGUGUGCUCCAUGGGUUCAUCCUGCAGCCAGAUCUCAGUGGGUCCAACACCAGCCGCUGCAAGUGAGGAUGAUUAAAGCUAUCUUAGGGACC